AUGUUGCAACAACCACCCCCUCAAGUAAACAUCCCAGCUUCAGCAGCCAGCUCAACCCCCCUCACCGUCUUCGCCGUCCCUGUGCUCUCUGGUAAACUCCCCUCCCCACCUCUCGCCGCAGGUAUCGGCGCUGCCAGAUCAUUCCCAUCCCCACUCACCGAACUCAGUCUCCCCGUUCCAUCCACAACCACGAUUCUCAGGCUUCGCAAUCAGCAACUCACGGCCACCUCUGAAGAGACUAUGCUCGAAGCCGGGCUACUCGACGUUGUAAAGGCAGGAUAUGUGACCACCAAAGUCGGAGAUCUAUUUAUGAAUGGGUUUGAACUCAAGUCCAGCGGCGAAGUAGUUGAUUCAGCGCUGAUCGAGAAAGAGAGACAUGGAAUGCCGCUAGAAGGUGCGCCAGAUGUAAUGUCGCUCGGAGAAGAUGAGGGCAUGUUACUUGAAGGGGACGAGGUCGUGGUGAUAAUUGACAGAGACAAGGCUGCAGAGAUACCCAAUGAAGCUGAGAAUCUUGCGGCUACGAAAAACCAAGAGGAUUCUGUUACGCUUGAAAGAGAUGAGCAUACAAUGCUUCUCGAUGCAUCUGAUAGCAUAUUGUUGUCUGGCCAUGAUGGAAGUCCAGUGCUCGUAGCAGUUGAUGAAGCCCGGGGCUACUGGGAGACCUUGCGACUCUGGUCGUGGAAGAAUGCGUGGAUGCCAACGUCGAACCAUCAUUUCCUACCUCGCAAUCUCGGGUUCCAAUGGGUAGAUAAGUCAGGCAAUGUCCCAUACGGUUGGUUCCUUAUUUCGGUAGUGAUCGUUGGGGUAAACAAUCAGUAG